AUGGGCGCCGACGACGUGCCUAGCUCCGGCCAACUCGCGCGAUCCAGUCCCCACAGGUGGGAUGGAGAUGGAACCAUGACUGUGAGCAAGGCCAUUGCCGCCGACGAGUGGAGCAGCGGAGGACGGUGCAUCGGAGCGCGGAUCCGCGGGGUCAACGUGGGGAUCCUGGACGAGCAGGUGCUCACGCUCGUGUUCCGCUCCAUCAGCUGGGACCCGCGGGCGCUGUGCGCGCUGGCGCGGGCCUGCCGCCGCCUGCGCGCCGUGGUGGACCGCGUGCUGUGGCGGGAGCUCUGCGUCGCGCGGGCGCCACGGAUGGUGGCGGCGCUCUCCACGGGGCCAUCGUCGGGCCGCGUGCCCGGCGGCUGGCCGGCGCUCGCCAAGCUGCUCCUCUUCUGCUGCGGCGCCGCGGGGGCGGCCGUCCCGGGCCACCUCGCCGCCUUCUCGCCCUUCUCCAAGACGUCGGGCCGGAGCUUCCUGUCACGGCGGUGCGCCGGGGACCUGCUGUACGCGUCGGACCCGUGCGAGCACGCGAUGGCCGCCGCCGCCGCCGACGACGAUGACGACGACGACGUGGGCGCGUACCGUGGCGUGUUCGGCGGCUUCAUGCGCUCCCGCACUCGCGCCUGCCUGGUGGGCAGACACGCCCCGCUGGAGCCCCGCGUGCGCUGCCCCUGCUGCGGCGCCGGCGUCUGGAGCUUGACAGACGCGGGGCUCGUGCCGCGCAGCGCAUGCCGCCGUCUCGGCGCACGCGACGGUCGCCUCGUCUACUUUGUCUGCGUCAGCGGACACCUCCACGGCAGCUGCUGGCUCGCGCGCCUCUCCUCCAGCGACGGCGGUGGCGGCGACGACUCACACAACAAUCGGCACUUACCUAAAGUGAAGAGCUUGUGUUGGAAUCUCGUUUUUCCUUGUACAUGCAUAUGUUCUAGCAUAUAUACCUUUUUUUAG